AUGCGCUGUCGCUGUGGUGUGGGUCCGUGGCAUCUCGUUCCGGCCGCUAUCUUGGCCAUUCUCAUCUUAUACCAAAACUUCAUCGCAGCAGAGCGGUGGAGCACAAGUGGAGAGAGGCUUGGGGCCCAAGGGGCGCUUGGGGUUGAGGAGCUGAAGCAGCGGCUCGAAAAGCUCGAAGCACAGAGCAAGGAUGUUGAAGACUUGAGGCAAGACGUUGAAGACUUGAGGCAUUCACUGAGCAAACUUGACGUGGCAAAGAAUGCUUUGCCCCAGGCAGACGCACCUUCCCCAGCUGAGACAGCUGAGGAGACAGCUGUCUCAGCUGUCUCAGCUGUCCGUGACUCGAGCGCGUCGAGUGCAUCGAGUGCAACGAGUGAAACCCCGAAGUGCAACAUUUUUGCCCUGUGGAACUAUCCGCGCGGACCACCAAUGUUCAUCCAAAAAAAUAUGGAGUCAUGGAUUCACUACGCAAAGGGACGCUGUCACUUUCCUUGGCUGAUAAAUGCGACCAACAUUAGAGCAUUCAUUCCGGACCUUCCUGCAGAAUAUGAUCGUAUGCCUUUGGAUUACGAUGCAGCAAAAUCUGAUGUUGUCAGGUAUGCGCUGCUCUACCACCAUGGUGGUAUCUAUUUGGACACAGACUUCCUGGUUGCAAAAGAUCUAUCACCAAUCUUGGACCGCAUCGACGACCACGACCUUGUGUCAUACACGACUAUUGGACAGUCUUGCCGGAACGGCACUUUUAGUUCGAACUUCCUCGCAGGACGCAAGGGCAGCCAGGUGUUUGGAGCCGUUUGGGAGGCGCAAAAGCGAGCCCUGGCUGACCAUUGUGACGACCAGCUGAAGAUAAAUGAGAAGAAGGUUUGCUGCCCCGAUGACUUGCAGCGCCGAUGCCAUAUCCCAUGGGCUGGUAUUGGCGAAAAUGUUGCUCAUCCAGUGCUGAAAAAGCAGCUUGCAACCAAAACAAAUCUUCGUCUAUAUUGCUUUGAAGGUGAUGAUAGCUUCGUUCCUGUAAACUUUCUGGAAGUUCUGCAAAAACAUCCGCAGCUCAAGGAUGCUGAGAAGGCUUUCAAGAAAAGCGGUGUGCGAAACCCAUCCGAGCGCAUCAUGUAUCACCUCUUUGCCUCGUUGGGCUUCGGAUCAAAUUACGAUGGGCCGCAACUCUUUGACCCGUCCACUUAUGUGGGAUUCUUGUACCGCAAAAGCAUCGGACAUUUCACUGAAAUCCCAAAGGAUCCACUGGAAGACGGGCCUGGGUUCAUUUGUGCAAGUGAUGGUGAAAUUUGUCGGUGCAAUGGAAAGGUUUUCUACGGCCGACGCUGGGAGAACGAAGAACGAGGCAUCAAGGCAGAGCUGAAGGCUUUGCUGAAGAAAGGUCACGCUACGCGAGAAGUGCAGGGUGAAGUGAAGUGCUCCGUGGAUGUGUUUGGAGAUCCAAUUUUCACCAUUCCGAAGCAUUGUGUUUGCCAGCCGACGCCACAGACACAGGGCGAGAGUUGA